AGUCGAACUCGAAACGUCAAUCAAAAAGUCAUAACUUUCGCGCGUGUUAUUGAAGAAAUCUAGAAAUGGAAUCUACUGUGUCGGUUUCUAAGGGAGUUUUCCUGUUCCCAAAUGGAUAUAAAAAAGGGAAAUCUAAUAAGAAGAAAAACAAUCAAGUAUUGUUCGAAAAGAUAUUUAGGAAUGAACUUUGGUAUGAUACAUACAAACAGAACUGGUAUUACAUUGAAAAUGAAUUGCAGCACCGGCCUGUUAAAUACCGUUGGGGCCUACUGCACAUUCACCCACCAGACGGAACUCAUCAUAAAACACAUAGUGUAUUGCUGAAUGAUAUAGUAAAUUACAUCAAAAAUCAUGGAAUCAGUGAGUCAUCUACUUUGGAAGGCAUCAUUCCUAGCGCCACUCUGUUGACUGGAGUCAAUCAACCAGACCAUGUAUCUCAAUUCACAUCACUUAUUGAUCUUAUUAGAAAUGAAGUGACUCCACAUGUUGCUUUAGUCAAUUCACAAGAUGCACCCAGUGUGAAACAUCUAGUGGAAAAUGCUGUUUGGCAGCUAAUUCAUGGGGAUCAAGUUAUAGAUUACGAUGACGAUGAAGGAGUCAUUACUCAAACCAAAAAGUUACGAAAGAGUCAAUGCACUAUGAAAGCUUUAAGAAAUUGGUACAAUACUAAAUGUAUGUCAUCGCCAAGAAAGAAGAAGUCUCCGCAAACUAAAAGAACUCUGGUUAUUAUAAUCCCUGAUUUUGAGAGCUUCAACUGUAAUGUUUUACAAGACUUUGUGAUGAUUGUCAGUUCUUAUGUAUCAACAAUGCCGAUAGUAUUCGUGUUCGGAGUGGCGACCUCAGUGUCGGCGUUACACAAGUCAUUCCCCUACCACGUGUCGUCUAAACUACUGAUCAAAGUGUUCCACUCACAUGCAUCACCGAUUUAUAUGAAUCAAGUGUUAGAGGACAUUUUCUUAACACACACAAGUCCUUUCCAUUUGUCUGGCAAGGCGUUUGAACUGCUCACAGAUGUGUUUCUUUUCUACGAUUUUUCUGUCACAGGACUCAUACAGAGUAUUAAGUACUGCAUGAUGGAGCAUUACUACGGCGACAAUACAAAGUCACUUUGCUGCGACAGAGACAAACUCGAAGACGUUAUAAUGCAGCUUACUGCAGAAGAUCUCGAAAACAUACGGCAGCUAAUGUCUUUCCGACCUUUCCUAGAAAAACAGGAUUGUAAAACCAAGAUCAGUCUGUUCAAUGACGAUGAUUUCUUCAAAGAAGCUCUUUACAAGGAGAUGAAUAGAUUGCAUGAUUAUUUAUAUAGUUUCUAUAUGUGUUUGAGACUUCUAUGUGUGUUCGUGAAGGACUUGCCAAAGAAUAUGCUUGGGAAAUCUGUCCGUGAAAUAUACACGAAAUGCGCCUCAGAAAAUGUAACAGGCACGUCGGCGUUCAAAGACUGCUUGCAGCUAUUAAAGUUUCAAUCACAAGUGAAGUUGGUUGAAAAUAUAAAGAGUGCCUUGAAGAUUGUCAACUCGUACUUACAAAAUGCAUCGCCAGUCAAACCGUUGAGGUCUACACUUUCAAAAAACAAUUUUAAUAACAUAACAUUGAGUGAUGAUCUCGGUGAAAACUUCGUCAAGUCUUUAAGAGUACAUUUAUUAACGUUUCUAAGACAAAUAGAACAUGCCAACACUGAAACGACAAUCACCAUGAGUGCAGUGUCAGACUCCGAAAAUGCAGAUGAAAAUUUUCCUGGAAAUAGAUAUAAGUUAAAAGAGAAAUUAUUAAAAGCGACGAGAUUGGACCGUGUCCAGUCCGAGUUUGAGAUGGUUCGAAGCAGGUUCGUGAGUUACUUGGAAGAGAUGUUCAGUAAGGGGCUGCAGCCGAUGCAGGGACAACCCUUCCAUGAAGUGCUGGCCUUCAGUGACGUCGCAUCAGUACGGAAGAAUAUAGUGGGUGCGCCUCGAGCCGCCGUCCACACUGCACUCAGCAAUCCUGUACAUUACUUACAGUCCAUCAGAUCACCACAGAUGGGGCCCAGUUGGGCUGUUGCUCGAUGCGGAGCUCCGGAAGACAUAAUGGGUUGCCGGCGCUCCGGCUCCAAGAGCAGGAGUAGGAACGAUUUGUGCUCCUGCUGCCAGUUGCCGUCCUCGGACAAUGUCAUAGACACACUACCGGACGUAUGUUUGGCGUACAAGUUACACCGUGAGUGUGGCAAGCACAUCAACCUAUACGACUGGCUGCAAGCAUUCGCUGCAGUACUGAGACCUGAUGAUGACGACGAGCAACGACACAACGAUCCUACUAUACAGUUACGCUUCACUCGCGCUGUAGCUGAACUACAAUUCCUCGGAUUCAUAAAGUCAUCAAAAAGAAAGACUGACCAUGUAAUGAGAUUGACUUGGUGAUUUUAUUGUUCUGUCAUUUUUUCCUAAUUUAUUAAACAAUUUUUGAAAUUAUA